GCCGAUCGUAUAUUCGAAACAGAAUUUGUGCAUUGUCGUGACUGUUUUAUUGAAAACAAUGCCGUUUGAUUAAACAUCAUACGGUAAAUUUUGGUAGGAAAAAUGCACGUAUUUCGAGAGACAUUAGACACAUCAAGUGGAUUGACCCUUUCGUUGGUGCUUUUUAAAAACGUUCAAAAUGUACCCCAACUGAGGAAGCGUGUGAUGGACGGGAGUUUGAAAUGUUGCAUCAUAAAGCCUUGCAUGAUAGUUCACCCUUUCCAGAUUGUUGUCGCGGCGAACAAAGCCGUCAUUAACCACAAGCUUGGGACGAUGAAGACGAAAACCCUAUUUACGGAAGUACUGUAUAACCUUUCCAGUUCUAAGAACAUCUCUCAAUCCCUACUCAAGUUUGGAGUGCACGAUGAUGAUAAGAACAUACUUGUGGCAUUUAUAGGAAAAGAAAAUGAAAGUGCCACGCUUUCCACUUUGCAGGUUAUAGAAGGCGAACAGUGUCCAUUGGAUGAGAUAACUGACUUUUCGGACGAAGGUUUGAUUAAGAAAACGUACGGUAUCAAGGACUCUGAGAAAAAUGCCUCAUCAUUGCUCAACUCUGUUGUAACACGAAUUUCUACUUCAGAUAUUAUGUGAGCUCCCCAUGUUAACCAAUAAAUACAAAUGUGGUGCACAAUGUUAUAUAUUAAUUAUUGAUCUCUGUAAUAAUUUACUUCCGGUAAUUGUCAAGGAAAAUAAAUGAAUGAAAAAUGGAAAA